AUGGCUGAGUACAAGCUAGAAGUGACAACAGGGAACAUGACAAAUGCCAGCACAUUUGAUCACAUACACGUAACCGUAAUUGGAACUGGAGGGGAGAGUGAGCGGACUGAAUUGGAUAACUACGGUGCAGAUUUUAAAACUGGGACGACAGGGACCUACAUCAUCAAAAGCAGUCUGUCUCUGGGGAAACUUCUGCUGGUCAAUGUGGAGAAAGACCCUUUCUUAUUUCUCCCAGAAGAUGAGUGGUACCUCUCUAAAAUAGUGGUGACGACUCCAGAAGGAGAAGCCGUUCUUUUCCCCUGUUACAGAUGGAUCUCCAGAGGAGAACUGGUGGAGCUGAGAGGAGGGAGAGCCUUGAAGGGUUUUGAGGAAGACCAUCCCUUGUUGAUUGACCACCGCAAAAAUGAGCUGAUUCUGAAAAGGAGAUUCUACCAAUGGAAGAUUAUGGAAGAAGGACUACCCCAUAUCAACCAUUUCAAUGAUUCUGCUGAGCUCCCGGCUGAAAUCGGCUUCUCUAAGUCCAAAUCAACUGAGAUUCGUCGUCAAAAAAUGAUAACUGGCAUUGAACUCAAGCUCAAGGGGCUAUUUGGAUCGACUGAAAAAUGGGAAAGCAUUGAAGACAUGAAAAAAAUCUUUUGGCAGAAAAAGACAACAAUGUCAGAGUAUGUUGCAGAGCACUGGAAGGAAGAUGAUUUUUAUGGAUCCCAGUUUCUGAACGCAGUCAAUCCAAAUGUGAUCAAGCGCUGCUCAGAGCUUCCCCCAAACUUUCCAGUCACAGAGGAGAUGGUGAAGCCGUUCCUGGAAGAGGGAAGCUCUCUGCAGGAGGAAAUGAAGAAAGGCAAUAUAUUCCUCUAUGACCAGAAGAAGAUGGAUGGAAUACCCCCUAGAGCCUAUAAUGGUGAACCUCUGCACGUGACUGCUGGUCUCUGUUUGCUCUACUCGAACCCAGAAAACAAACUGAUGCCCAUUGCAAUACAGUUGCAUCAACAACCUUCUGCGGAGAACCCCAUCUUUGUGCCCAGUGACAUUACAUUACAGGAGACUGACUGGCUGCUUGCCAAGAUGUUUAUUAAAAAUGCAGAUUCCAUUGACCAUCAAGCAGUCCAGCACCUCAUGAAAACUCACUUUCUGGCAGAAGUCUAUACUCUUUCCGCUCUCCGCAGCUUCUCUGUGGUUCAUCCCCUCUAUAAGCUGCUGUUUCCACACUUCCGGUACACUCUGUACAUAAACACUGGAGGCCGCACAUCUCUUUUUGGACCUGACGGGGCUUUAAGUAUAAGUUCACUUGGAUUUGACGGAAUGACAGAGCUCAUGAGAAGGGCUCUCUCCGAAACGACCUACAGCUCCCUCUGUCUGCCAGAGAACAUCACUGCACGAGGACUGGAAUCAAUCCCCAACUUCUACUACAGAGAUGAUGGCCUGAAGCUGUGGAACAUCAUCAACAGCUUUGUGCAGGCAGUAGUGGAGUACUACUAUCCUUCAGACAGUGAAGUGCGUAAAGACACUGAGCUGCAGGAAUGGAUCAGUGAGAUAUUCACACAUGGCUUCUUAGGAAACAAAGCCUCAGGGUGUCCAGCAAGCUUUCAAACUGUCAAGGAGGUGAUCAAAUUCAUCACCAUGGUGAUCUUCACAGUGACGGUUCAACAUGCUGCAGUAAACAAUGGGCAGUUCGACUACUGCUCCUGGAUGCCCAAUGCCUCACUUCUGCUGCGCAAACCUCCUCCAACCACUAAGGGGCAGUCAAGCAUGAAGACAAUUUUGGAGACCCUCCCAAAUGUUGGCGAGACGAGCAGCUUUGGAGCACUGGGUUGGAUACUUACAGAGAAGUACACUGACAUAGUUCCCAUGGGUACAUACCCCGAAGAACGAUUCGAUGAGCCUGCCCCAAAGCAGAUGAUUAAGGAGUUUCAAGCAGAGUUGUCCUACUUUAGUGAAACAAUUGUAGCAAGAAACUUGCAGCUUGAACUACCCUACACUUACCUGAACCCUACUCAGAUUGAGAACAGUAUUACUAUUUAA